GAUAUCAUCUCGCUGCGCCGCGAUCGAGCGUUUACUGGCGUCGUGAACAGCGACUCAUUGCUUAUUCUUUCAACAAAUUAGAUAAAAAUGGCCGUGGAAUCGAGGGUCACACAGGAGGAGAUCAAAAAAGAACCAGCAAAGCCAGUAGACAGAGAAAAGACAUGCCCACUUCUCCUGAGAGUGUUCACCACCAACAAUGGAAGGCAUCAUCGCAUGGAUGAGUUUGCUCGGGGGAACGUGCCCUCUAGUGAACUUCAGAUUUACACCUGGAUGGAUGCUACUCUGAAAGAACUGACAAGCCUGGUGAAGGAAGUCUAUCCGGAAGCUCGAAAGAAAGGCACACAUUUUGGAUUCGCCAUUGUUUACCCAGACCCUAAACGACAAAUCUACCGGGUUAAAGAAAUUGGCAACACAGUUUCCGGACGCAAAGGUGCAGAUGACUCAAUGACGCUUCAGUCGCAAAGCUUUCAGAUUGGAGAUUAUCUUGACAUCGCUAUCACUCCGCCUAACCGCGCACCACCCCUCCAAGGACGCAUGAGACCCUACUGACCUGAAACAACACUUGCCUGCAUUUAAAUGAAAGGGGUGAAGUCUGUCUUCCUGCAGAGUUUAGUUCAGCCCUUGCCUGAACCUUUCAGGUGAACCGCAAGACUUUGAUUUGAUCGAGUGUUUAUGCUAGAACUAAACUCUGCAGGAAUGUUCAUGCAGAACAGCAGCAUGAUUGAGCUGAUAAUCUCAGUUUGGAAGUAAAAAGGAAAGUCUUUUCAUAUAUUUUAUGUUCUUUGUGGAGUUUUAUACCAGGUCUACCUUUUUAGUUUUAGUCCUGCUACCAUGAUUCCCAUCAUUCAUAAAUAAAUGUUUUUUUUUUCAAUA